GUCAAGCAGGAAGAGCUUCACCCUCUCUCUCUCUCUCUCUCUCUCUCUCUCUCUUUGGGUUCUGUAAAUAAAUUGCCUGGUAUUUUGGGUCUCUCUUGAAAAAGCUCCGCUGAGUUGAAGAUUUAUUUAUAAGAUAAUCUGACUCAUCAAAAGUCUUUGGGCUUGUGGGUAUCCUUCGGCUGUUACAGAUCUCUCGCCUGCAGAUUACAUUGCUUUGACCCUUGGCUUCUUGCUAAGGGAAUAUGGCCAAUGAAGAACACUUCACUUGUAUUUCUUGUUUCAUUUUGCUGAAUUCAGAUUGGUGUCCUGCAGAUAAUUAGAAACUGUAAGGAUAAUCCAACAUCUGAUUGUCUGAGGUUGACUUAUGAUAACUAUGGACAUGAAGGGUAUAUCAUGGGUUGGUAAUGUUUACCAGAAGUUUGAAGCUAUGUGCUUGGAAGUUGAAGAAAAUAUAUACCAGGACACAGUUAAAUAUGUUGAAAAUCAGGUGCAGACAGUUGGAUCUACUGUGAAAAAAUUCUAUUCAGAUGUCAUGCAAGAUUUGCUUCCUCCAUCUUCAGUGGAUGCUACUAAAGAUGGAGUAUAUGACUUGCCUCUGGAGCUUUAUGCCGAUGUUGGGAUCUAUAUGAAGCCAAAAGUGGCUAUGAAGGAAAAGCACACAAAGGUUGAUAAUAUAGAGAAGUUGACUGAGGAUCCAAAAAUGAUCAUUCAUAACAAAUUUUCAGGUCAUUCUCCUACUUUCCGCAGGCUUAAUCAUGUAGAUAGUUCGUUCCCACUAUCUCAAGGGGAUUCUCCUGAAGGUGACCCAGGACAAUAUGGUAAAGGAAGUCUGUCUAAUAAACCACAUAUGGGUACCAAAAAAAUACGUAAGAGGGUGUCCCUUAAUGAGAAAUCAGGGAACAUCUCUCCUUUGGAUAAAGAUUUGACUAGAGCAUCUUCAUUUUAUGAACCUUCAAAUGAAAAUCUAGGGGAUUGUGCUGAAGAAGCUUCAAACCGAUAUGGUGAAGGACGUCUGUCUAAUAAAUCAAAUCUUGGUGGUGCCAAUAAAAACUCAAAAAGGGAGAACAUGCUCCCAAGUGAAAGAUCAGGAAUCAUCACUCCUUUGGAUAAAGAUUUGACCGGAGGAUCAUCUGUCUGUAAAUUUUCAAAUGAAAAUCACAAGGCAUCAUCUGAUCAGAAUGAUAAAAUUGCAACUCUAGGGUCUGUUGAAGUGACAGGGCAUGAAUCCAUAGAAGAAAGUAAAAUUAAGACUGAAAAUGCAAGUGAACAAAUGCCUGAUAUUCAAACAGAUGCAUCUGAUAUAGUUAAUUUAAAGGAAUCUGGCAUGAGUGAAGAAACGGAUAUGAGAACUUCCUCUUGCUGUAGCUCAUUACAAGAAGCAAAUGCUGCUGAUGUUUGUAUGAAUGAUGGGUUGGUUUCUCUGGAGGUAUCCUAUGCAAAUGGGAGAGUACAGAGAAGUAAGAUUGCUUGUGAGGAGGAUUUUGCAUCUGAUUCAGAAAUAGAGAUCGUUCAACCAGUUCACAAGGCAAAGCUUGAGGAAUCCUGUGUUAUGGUGAAUAGGGAUGAACUUCGUUUUGUUCCUCAAAAUGGAGUAAAAAGCAAGUCUUACAGGAAGAAGAUUCAGGAUGUUUUUUUGCCAAGAAAGAGGUCAGUGAGGAAGAAAGAGCAACUACCAAUAUGGCCUGGCAAUGAUUCAAAUCCCAAUCAAGAAGAAAGCAUCAAGAAUUCAAUGCCAAGUCUUAUAAUAAAUGAUGCAAGAAGAUCCCCAACUGCAGAUUGCUGUGAAUCUGAGUGGGAACUUCUUUAGAUACCAGCAAAACAAAUUUACUCGUAGAUAACUGCGACGGCUUUCUUAGCCUUCCCUUGCUGGUGAGGUGCCGUGGCAGAUGUUAAUAAUUGCAGCUAGGGUCUCCCCAACCCCAUUUGCUUUGGCAGUGAAAUUAGUAAAAUAGAAAAAGAGGGGAAAAAAAGGAUAUAUAACCAUCCAGAGUUGAUGGAAGUUAUGAAUUAUUUCACUUUUUGUUUUGAUUCCCUAUGUAUAUGGGAGCAUAAAUUGUAUACACUUCUGAAAUAUGAUGUAUUUCUCUCA